AUGGUGGAGCAAUUUCAAGAUGUUGUUGCGCAGAAUAUUCCAAAUUGGUAUAGCAAUCCACUUGAGGUCAAUGCAGCCAAUAGCGAGGAUGAUGUUCUCUACGAAUUGAUAGAAUUACAAAAUGACAAUGACGCCACAAUGCGAUAUCGCCGUAAUGGCAAAGAAGGUUCGUGGUACCAUCAGAGUAUAUUGAAUUCCUACCCCAGUCUGUGGAAACAUCAGAAAUUACUUUUGCUUGCCUUCCCUACUUCAUGCCUGGUUGAAUUUGGUUUUAACCAUGUUGGAACUUUAUUUUCCCAUAAAAGAAUUGGACUGGAUGUAAUGCAACGAGGAGACUUGUGA